AUGGAAGAGAAUCACAUCUAUCAGUUCAGCCUCCUCAACGCCCUCAUGGACGGGGUCUGCGAAACGGGCAUCCCCGUCUCCAAGCUCGAGAGCAUGGGAAACCAAGGACUUGGGACGUUCGCGAGGAUGAAUGGCGAGCUCAUGUUUCUGGAUGGGAAAGUAUAUCAAUUGCAGGCGCAAGGCAAUGUGCGAGAGGCAGACGCGACGGAUCAGAUCCCGUUUGCUGUAAGCACGAAUUUCGUGCCGCAGAAGACGGAGGAGAUUGAGUUGAGAGACAAGACCGAUAUCGAUCAUACACUCAAUGCUUUCAACGAUCACGCGAGGAAUUUGUUCAUGACUGUAGGAGGGGUUAUCUCAUAUUUUUGGGGAUUGGAGUGCCUGGGCUGACCAUUCUCUAGUAUCGCAUAACGGGUCACUUCGAUUAUCUCAAGUGCCGUACGGUCAGGGGCCAAUCUUACAAGGGCGAGCCGCUGUCGGACCUCAGCAAGAAGCAGUCGGUGGAGACUUACGAGGACACAGAGGGCACCAUCAUCGGCUUCAGGACGCCAGCCAACUGGCAGGGGUUCGGCGUUGCUGGGGAGCAUUUGCACUUUAUGAGAAAGGACAAGCAAGCCGGCGGCCACGUCCUUGAACUCAGAGCGAACAAGGUGGAGAUGCAGAUGGCUGUGGCCUCGAAUGUCCACGUGGAGCUGCCGACAUCUGAUGAUUUCAACGCAGCGUCUCUGGUAACGGAUGACGAAGGCGUGAAGAGUGCAGAGGGUUGA